AUGGGCAACUUCAUCUCCUGCAGGACCUGCACUGUAUCAGCCCCAAGAUCCAAACACUCAAGACCUGCAAAAGUGAUUUUUUCAACCGGAAAAAUCCAACAAUUCCACCAACCCAUCAAAGCAGCAGAGCUCAUGCUCGAGAAACCAAACUUCUUCCUCGUAAACUCCCAGUCCCUCCACAUCGGACGACGAUUCUCCGCCCUCAACGCCGACGAGGACCUCGAAAUGGCCAGUGUUUACGUCAUGUUUCCGAUGAAGAGAUUGAAUUCUGUGGUCACGGCGGCUGAUGUGGUUGGUCCGUUGGUCACGACCAAUUCGGCGGCGAAGCGGGUGUCCAUUGGAAGUGUAAGGGUCCUGCCGGAGUGCAGUGAGGAGGGUCUAAAAAUAUCUCAGGAGGCACAGCUGAAUUGGGAGGAAGUUUUGCCAAAGUUGAAUUUAGAUGAUAUUGAAGAGUUAUCGAGUCCAAAAUUUAAGCACAGAUUGUCUAUGAGCAGGUCAAAGAAGCCAUUGUUAGAGACUAUAGCAGAAGAACCAGUUUGUUCAAGAUGA